UUCACUAUGAGGGCGGGAACCAAUAUGAUAGGUGUGGUGAAGAUAUAAAAGUGUGGCAGGCUGGGUUAUCUUUGUACAGGUCUGCCCUGAUCAGCUGUAUAAACAACGUGAUCCUGACAUCUGUGAUCCUAACAUCGGUUCAACGCAGAUACAAUGUCUGACAGCUCCAAAACACCACAGAAGAAAUUGAAGAUGGACGAUAGCAAGGUGUUUAAUGAUCCCAUCCACGGGACGGUGAUAUUACACCCACUUCUCAUCAAAAUCAUCGACACACCUCAGUUCCAGAGACUGCGAAACAUCAAGCAGCUUGGAGGGGCCUACUUUGUUUACCCUGGAGCCUCCCACAACCGCUUUGAACACUCCAUCGGGGUGGCGCACUUGGCAGGUCAACUUGUAGAAGCUCUGCGUGCAAGGCAGCAACUCAACAUCAAUGACAGAGACGUCCUUUGUGUGAAGAUUGCUGGUCUCUGCCAUGACCUGGGACAUGGGCCCUUUUCCCAUCUGUAUGAUCAAAUGUUCAUACCCAAAGUACCACAUCCACCAGGUCCACUAGGUGAUAAAAUGGGAAAGUGGAAGCAUGAAGAAGCCUCUGUGGAGAUGUUCAAUCAUCUGGUGAGAUCUAAUAAUCUGAAGCUGGAUGAGCUGAAGCUGCCCGAGGACAUGGAUUUCAUCAGAGAGAUGAUUAAUGGACCAAAAGACCCUAAGGGAGGAAAGAAGAAACCUAAUGCAGAUGAGUGGCCAUAUAAGGGUCGGACCAAGGAAAAAUCCUUCCUCUAUGAAAUCGUGGCCAACGAAUGGAACGGCAUUGAUGUGGACAAGUUUGACUACUUUGUCAGGGACUGCCACCACCUGGGCAUGAAGAACAACUUUGACCAUCUCCGCUUCAUACAGUUUGCCAGAGUGUGUGAGGUGGAAGGGCUGAAACACAUCUGCAGUAGAGACAAGGAGGUGAACAAUCUGUAUGACAUGUUCUACACCAGGAACUGUCUCCACAGAAGAGCCUACCAGCACAGAGUGAACAAGAUCAUAGAGUAUAUGAUCGCGGAGGCCUUUUUAAAAGCAGACAAGCAUAUCCAGAUUAAAGGCUCACAAGGCCAGGAGUACACUCUCUCUACAGCCAUAGGUGACAUGGAGGCCUACACCAAGCUGACAGAUCAUGUGUUUGAACAAAUACUCAACUCUUCCUCCGUGGAGCUGGCUGAGGCGAAGAAGAUUCUAGAAAGGAUCAUCUCUCGAGACCACUACAAGUUUCUGGGUGAAAUCAAGCCUAGACAAGUCCCCACCAAGGAGAGCCAACUUCAAUGGCAAAAGGAAUUGGCUGCAGCUGUCCCUGAGGGGGGCAAUGGGGGUGUCACACUGACACAUGAGGACUUUGUAGUUUCAGUUGCUACUUUUGACUAUGGAAUGAAAGACAAGGACCCCAUCAAUAAUGUAUAUUUCUACGGCAAGAGAAACCCUGACACAGCAAAACCAAUCACCAGAGACCAGGUGUCCAAGCUUCUCCCAGAAUGCUUUUCUGAGCAGCUGAUCAGGGUUUACAGUAAGAAGAGUGAUGAGCAGAGUGUGGAGGCUGCCAGGAAGCACUUCUCCAAGUGGUGUAAAGAGAAGGGCUUCCCAGAAUCUCAGAACGGAGACACUGCAGCACCAUAAAUCAUCAGUGGGGGAAAUAUCCAGAACACUCCACCAGACGUUUUGGAAGAUAGAGAAACAAAAUCAAAAACUCCCUUAUUACUUAUAAACUUAUUGUCUAAUUAUGAUUGAUUCUAUAAGGUGAGUAUGAGCACAGUGCAGUACUUGACACUGUUUCUCCCAAAAACAAAUGAGUACCAGGAUAAAUUACUGCAUGUUUGGGCAAUAUACACAGUUUGUUUAGACACAUAUCUUUGUUUAAUUAUUAAACACACUUUAAAUGUCAUGUUAUGAAACUGAAGCAUGUUGUAUUCAGCUAUCAGGGAUAUUUAGCCUUCUGUGUUUAUUCUGUGUGUAUUCCUUAUAAUCAGGACACGCUAUAAAACACUACCCACAUGGAGUGGAGUUAAAGUGAAUAUUUAAAUUGUGGUUUAGUGAUUUUAAAUAUUAAGGUGUUUGGGGUUUCUGUUAAUGUGGGUGCGUUGAUGUGAUAAUUUGAUGAUAGAUUAUAUAUGGGAAGCUUUGA